UCCAACCUCGCGAGAGCCGAGAGGCGGAAAAUGGCGCUGACGUGAGCGCGAGCUCGCAUUGCCCAGAGGGUGGCCGCCGCCUAAGCUGGAGCCGCCGGAGCCGCAGGAACAAGAGGCCGAGCCGUGUCGAAGAUGGAGGAGAAACCCUCAGGACCCAGCCCAGACAUGCCGGCCACUGCAGAGCCCAGCUCCAGUGAGACCGACAAGGAGUUGUUGUCCCCGGCUGUGCCAUCUGCCGCCACCUCCUCCUCCAUGGCGGAGGAGCUGGGCCCUGAGCAGGCAGCCACACCACCAGUGUGGGAACGUGGAGGGCUUGGAGGGAUGCAGCAGGGCUCCUCCCCAGCCCCAGACAGCUGCCAGCCUGGCCCCGGACCCAGCCCUGGCCCGACCAGCAUAGUCUCCGGGACCAGCGAGGACCUGCGGCCUCCCAGACGACGCCUACCUCCAGGGAAGCAAAUCCCUUGCUCCAGCCCUGGCUGCUCCCUCAGUUUUCCCAGCGUCCGUGACCUGGCACAGCAUCUUCGAACCCACUGUCCGCCCACACAGUCCCUGGAAGGCAAGCUCUUCCGCUGCUCAGCCCUGAGCUGCACCGAGACCUUCCCCAGCAUGCAGGAGCUGGUGGCUCACAGCAAACUGCACUACAAGCCCAAUCGCUACUUCAAGUGUGAGAACUGCCUCCUGCGCUUCCGCACGCACCGCUCGCUCUUCAAGCAUCUACAUGUUUGCGCGGAGCAUGCGCAGAGCCCAGCCCCGCCACCACCCCCAGCCCUGGACCGAGAGCCGCCCGCGCCCGAGCGUCCCCCGGAGGUUGACCUCGCGUCAGCACCGGGCCUGCCGUUCCCGCUGCUGGAACCUUUCACGUUCGUGCCCUACUUGAGCCCUGCGCCCUUUGGCCUAAGCCCCCCGCGCCUGCGCCCCUUCCUGGCCGCUGCACCCGGGCCGCCGGCUUCCAGCGCCGCCGUCUGGAAAAAGAGCCAAGGUGCUGGCAGCAGCCCCCGAAGACCCCAGGGCGGCUCCGACGCGCCCUCAGGGCACGCGGCCCCGAGCCGCAUCGUGUGGGAGCACACGCGCGGCCGCUACUCGUGCAUGCAGUGCGCCUUCUCCACGGCCUCGCGGUCCGCCAUGACCCUGCACCUGGAGGACCACCGCCCCGGCGCCCCCGCGGCCCCCGCGCCCGGGCCACCGCGCCCCGACGCCCCCGCGGAUCCGGCCCCGCUUGCACCCAAGGUGUCGCCGCUGCUUUCAGAGGGGGAGCUUCCAGUGUUCUCGCAGCUCUGAACCCUGCCGCUUUCGGGGUGGCCCAUGGGAUGUGGGUAGUUUUGUCAUUUGGAGGGGGCUGCAGGGAAGAGGGGUUGGGGGUGGACAAUAAAGAAGGCGCCAUGAGCCAGCCU